CCAGGUCAUUAAAAAUUUUUGAAUCAGGUAUCAACAUGUCCAAAUAAACUUCCUGGUUUGUGUUAAGAAGGAAAACAUCGGAAUCAUACAAAUAGCAGGUCAUGGCAUCCACUAAACCUAUACCAUGUGGACCUUGUCAAGAAGAAAACGUAAAUAUAAAAGCUGAAUUAUGGUGUCCCAACUGCAAAGAAGGAUUAUGCUCAACAUGUUCCGGUCAUCAUAAAAGAUCAAAAGGAACCCGUGAUCAUAAAACCAUUGAUAUUAAAAGUUACAAACCAUCCACCCAAGCUAUUAAAACAGAAUGUGGCAAACAUGGUCAACAGCUUCAUUUGUACUGUCCUAUUCAUUUAAUGCCUUGCUGUGAUGAAUGUAUUUCUACUAGUCAUUCAAAAUGUAAAGCAAUACAAACUUUAGCAAGUGUAGUGGAAAAAACAAAAAUUGAAAAGUCCAUACAGUCCUCGGAAAAACAAAUUGACUCAAUCUUACAUUUUCUGGAUAAAUUAAUUCAUAACAAAUCUAAAAACAUUAGCAGAGGUGAACAAGAUUGUGAAAGCAUUCACGAAUUUAUUUUAAAAAUUCGCAAGAAAGUAAACAAUCAUUUAACCAACUUGGAGAACAAGUUAUGCAAUGAGACAAAAACCAUAUUUAAUCAGGAAAAAUCAGAAGCAACAGGUUUAAUAGCUGAAAUUGAAGAAAAACAGAAAAACUUAAAGGAAAUACAGGAACAAUUACAUACUGUAAUUUUAAGUACCUCAAAACUGCAAUCAUUUCUAGGAAUACACCAAAUUGAACAACAAGUGCAUCAAUAUCAACGAUAUGCUGACGAUUUAGAAGAAAAUGAUGGGGCUAAAGAUUUUGGCAUCAGAAUGAAGCAAAAUGAUGAGAUAGAAAGCAUUCUAAGUAAGUUAGGAUCAUUAGAAUCCUUGGGAGAGGUAAUGGCUGUCAAAACAGAAACAGACUUGAACAGAGAAACAAAUUUGAGAAGGGAAGCACAAGUAGAAUCACAAGAACAUUCCAACAUAAACAGCAUGACAAUGAAUAUGGAGACAAAGGUAGCGAUCAAGAUGGGUAACUCGGUUCGUGGUAUGAUUUGUUUAAUGGAUGGGAGAUUUAUAGUAGUGGAAUAUGACGGUAAGGUUAGUCUACUUACUUCACACAAGCUACAGAAACAAUUACCUAUUCCUGGCAGAUCCUUCGGUGUAGCACAGAUCAAUCAGGACACUAUUGCCAUAACUAAUUAUGAAGAGAAAGCCAUUAAGAUCUUUAAUAUGGAGAACAAAACUGUCACCAAAUUUAUCACAUUAGACAAACAAUGCUAUGGUUUAUCAUUCUCCAACAACUCUCUUGCUGUAGGUUUGAGCAAGGAAAUACGCAUUAUAGACGUGGAGGGAAAUCUACUGAAGUCAAUACCAGUUCAAAGCCAAUCACCACUGUGCAAUAUUCUUUACUGCAAUGACAGAGUUAUCUACAGUGACUUCGGAGGACAAAAAGUAUGCUGUGUUGAUGAAUCAGGUAAACAGAUCUGGAAAUAUACUCAGGAUAUAAAAGGGCCACUAGGACUUUGUACCGAUAAUUAUGGUAACAUUAUUGUAGCAGACCGGGCUUCUAAUAGAAUAAUAGUAAUAUCAAAAGAUGGACAGAAUAGUAAAGUACUGAUUAGUGAGGAUGCUGGACUGAACGUUCUUGAAUGUAUUUGUUUUAAACAUGAUGAGACUUCAUGCUUUAUUUGUAAUGGCUCUCGCAUAUACUUAGCAAAAUUCAAUUAA